UCUCUAUGUCAUUACUGUUUGAGAGUAUUCAUUUCCUCCUUACGGAAAAAUAGCAAUGAAAAGGAAGGGAGAGAGAGCAUCUUAUCCUCAUCUCCUUUUCCUCGUCUCCUGUAUCUUCCUUUCUCACUUGGCUCCGUUGAACGGAAAAAAUGAAAAAGAAUCAGUUGGGUAUGGCUACACAAUUCAAUCUGUGGCCGUCGAUCCCUCCGGCAACACGUUGACCGCUCAUCUUGGCCUCAUCAAGAGCUCCUCCGUUUUCGGGCCCGACAUCCAGAAUCUCAACUUCAUCGCCAGCUUUGAAACCAAAGACCGGCUGCGAAUCCGAAUAACAGACUCGGAGCGGCAACGAUGGGAGGUCCCGCAGGAGAUCGUCCCCCGCCAAACCGACUCCCCGGACCGCUUCCUUACGGAAGACCAACACCAUCAUACGACGUCGUCUCGGCGCCCCAAAACCCACUUCUUCCUCUCCCACCCCAGCUCCGACCUCAUCUUCACGCUCUACAACACCACCCCAUUCGGCUACUCCGUGGCCCGUAAGUCGUCAAACGACGUCGUCUUCGACGCAUCCGCCAAGCCCAACGACUUCCUCGUCUUCAAGGACCAGUACAUCCAGCUCUCCUCCUCCCUCCCCAAGCAGCGCUCCUCGCUCUACGGCCUGGGCGAGCACACCAAGAGCUCCUUCAAGCUCCAGCCCGAUGAGACGCAGCCGCUCACUCUCUGGGCCGCUGACAUUGCCAGCUUCAAUAUCGACCUCAACCUCUACGGGUCCCACCCCUUCUACAUGGACGUCCGAUCACCGUCCCGUGAUGGGAGAGUGGCGGCGGGGACCACCCACGGAGUUCUGCUUCUCAACAGCAAUGGCAUGGAUGUCCUCUACAACGGUGAUAGGAUAACGUACAAGGUGAUUGGCGGGAUUGUUGACCUCUACAUUUUUGCUGGGCCGUCGCCGGAGAUGGUGACGGAGCAAUACACGGAGCUUAUUGGUCGGCCUACCCCCAUGCCGUACUGGUCCUUUGGAUUUCAUCAGUGUCGAUAUGGAUACAAAAACGUUUCUGAUAUUGAAGCUGUGGUUGCUGGCUAUGCAAAAGCCCGUAUACCUCUUGAAGUUAUGUGGACAGAUAUUGAUUACAUGGAUGCUUAUAAGGAUUUUACUCUUGAUCCCAUCAACUUUCCCUUGCAGCAAAUGAAAAAGUUUGUUCACUCUCUUCACAAACAUGGUCAGAAAUAUGUGCUCAUCGUGGAUCCUGGUAUCAGUGUGAAUAAGUCCUAUGGAGCCUACACUAGAGGGCUGCAAGCUGAUGUCUUCAUAAAACGUGAUGGAGUCCCUUACUUGGGUGAAGUUUGGCCUGGCCCUGUCCACUUCCCUGAUUUUUUGAAUCCAGCCAGUGAAGCAUAUUGGGGUGAUGAGAUUAAAAUCUUUCGAGAUAUGCUUCCCGUUGACGGUCUUUGGCUCGACAUGAACGAGCUUUCCAACUUUAAUACUUCUUCUCCCACUCCAAAUUCUUCUCUUGAUAACCCUCCUUACAAAAUUAAUGAUUCUGGAGCUUUGCGGCCCAUUAUUAAUAAGACUGUAGCUGCAUCAUCCUUACACUUUGGUAACAUUACAGAGUAUAAUGCCCAUAACCUCUAUGGACUCCUAGAAGCCAAAGUCACUAAUGCAGCCUUAAUCAAGGUGACUGGUAAAAGGCCAUUUAUACUUUCUAGGUCAACUUUUGUUGGUUCUGGCAAGUACACAGCACACUGGACUGGAGAUAACGCUGCCACAUGGGAUGAUUUGGCAUACACAAUUCCAGCAAUUUUGAACUUUGGGCUCUUUGGAAUUCCAAUGGUUGGGGCAGAUAUCUGUGGUUUUGCUAGAGAUACAACUGAAGAACUCUGCGGGCGCUGGAUUCAGCUAGGGGCCUUUUAUCCCUUUGCAAGAGAUCACUCGGAGAAGUUUACUAUUCGUCAAGAACUAUAUCUAUGGGAUUCAGUUGCUGCAACAGCUAGGAAGGUGUUGGGGCUUCGCUACCAGCUUCUCCCCUACUUUUACACAUUAAUGUAUGAAGCAAACCAGAGAGGAUCCCCCAUUGCAAGGCCCCUUUUCUUCUCGUUCCCUCAAGAUAUCAACACUUAUGAAAUCAAUACACAAUUUCUGAUUGGUAAAGGCGUAAUGGUCUCACCGGUGUUGAAGUCGGGAGCAGUUUCAGUCGAUGCCUACUUCCCUGCAGGAAACUGGUUUGACCUCUUCGACUACUCGAAUUCAUUGAGUGUUAAAUCAGGCAAGAAUAUCCGGCUUGACGCACCGCUUGAUCAUAUAAACGUGCACGUUCGGGAAGGCAAUAUUUUGGCCUUGCAAGGGGAGGCAAUGACAACACGAGCAGCUCGGAAGACUGCAUUUCAACUCUUGGUGGUGGUGAGCAAUAGUGGUGAUAGUGUUGGAGAAGUUUUCUUGGAUGAUGGAGAGGAAGUUGAGAUGGGAGGAAAGGGAGGGAGGUGGAGCUUAGUGAGAUUUUCUGGUGGAAAAGAAGGGGGAAAUGUAUCAGUUAGUUCAAAGGUUGUGAAUGGGGAGUUUGCUUUGAGUCAAAAAUGGAUCAUAAAUAAAGUAACUUUCAUAGGGUUGGAGAAGGCUAAGAGAUUUCAGGAAUAUGAAGUAGAAUUUAGAAAGAGAACAAACUUGAAGGGAAAAUCAGUUAUAAAGGCAAGCUUGGACAGCUCUGGGCAGUUUGUUACCGUUGAGGUCUCAAAACUGUGGCUACCUAUUGGACAUGAUUUCAAGUUGGAGCUGAAGCUUCCAAGGCAGUGAUCGGUGAAGUCUAAAACGCCAGAAAAUUGUUGUAAGCAAUAAAUUGCCUACGAGCAUUUGAAUAUUUUAUUCCAAUAAAAAACUGGCAAUAUGUAUGUUUGUAAACAAGUUCAAAUAUGAAUAACAUUAACAUGUUCUUAAGCCAAAAGAAAGAUAAAGAAGGAGGAAAGCUCAGAUAAAGUCUUUUUAAGUGUCAA